AUGGUAGCCCCCAAAUCUGUAAAGAUGCGGUCUAAAACAAAGAGGUCUUCUUCACUACCUUCAACAAUCAGCCUUUGUAAAAGGACUCCGAAGCUGGGAGCAAGGGGAAAUCUGGCAAGGAAAGCAGCUUGCUAUUCUUCUUACAUUCCGCCUGAUAAUGGAGAAGGACCACAAGUUUGGAUUAAAAGCUGGGUUGACUACUCAAGCAAAUACGGUUUAGGAUAUUUAUUUUCAAAUUCCUGUGUGGGAGUCUUCUUUAACGACUCCACCAAGAUAAUUGCAGACCCAGCUGGCUCCUUUUUUCAGUAUAUCCCUAGAGCAGGCCGUUCAAGAGACGAAGAAAUUACGACGUACACCUUCGAAACUUUUCCAGACGAGUUAAAAAAGAAAGUCACAUUACUGCAGCAUUUCAGAAAGCGUUUAUCUAAGGAUGAGCCUUCUGCAAAGCUUGAUAUGACUCAGCAAUUUACAAAGCUUGAUAUGACUCAGCCUUUGAUUUAUGUCCAAAAAUGGCGCACGACACCCUAUGCUAUUUUAUUCAAGUUAAGCAAUAAUUUAGUCCAGGUAAAUUUCCAAGACAAGACAGAACUAAUAUUGUGCAGCAAUAGUAUGUUGGUGAUUUAUAUGAACAAGCUGGGAGAAAGAAGUGUGUAUCCUUUAAAUACAGCUAUGGAUAGUGAAAAUAAGGAGAUGACAAAGAGACUAAUAUACACGAAAAAAGUUCUGAGAAGUAUGCUGCAGCCUCGCAGACGGCUGGAACUGGAGAAUGCACUCCUCAAUUACUGAACGCGAGAUAAUAUAAUAGAAAAUCUAGUAAAUAAUUAUGGAACCCCCCGAAUCGGCAAAAAUGGAGACUGAAUCAGCGAAAUCUCCUUUAUUAUCUCGGACAGACAAUGAAAACUGCAAAACAGCAAUAACGGAAGUGACUGCUGCAACUGCUCGUGGAGGGUCAAGAGACAGCUCUUGUGAAGGGACUCCGGAGCUGGGAGCUUACUAUUCUUCUUAUAUUCCGCCUGAUAA